GUCUGGUCUAAUUUCCCGGCUUCACCAUCGAUUCCCACGUCGAUUGGGGCGCGCAAACACGCCAACCACCCCACGCCGCUCGCUCAACACCUGAACAAAUCCCCUCUCGGCCUUUCGCUGUCUCGCCACUCGCUCACCCACCGCUGUCCGCACGCAGUUGCUGCGGGCUCCACGCCCUUCUCCGCCCAACGCCGCGUCUAUCGAUACCCUCUAUUCUUCGACCUCCUGCGACACGAUCGCGCGCCUUUCGCUACCGUAACUUCUCGAAAACGUCGCAGCCAUGUCUGACGAGCUCACACGACCUGUCGACCAUGGGCAGGAUGUCCACCGAAAACGCUUCCCGACCUUGUUCGAAGUGUUGAGCCGCAAGACGGUUGCACCGCUCGAUCUUUUCUCCUUCUACAUCUACAUGCGCGACCAGCAGCGCUCGGUCGAUUAUCUGGACUUCUGGCUCGAUGUCUCCCAACACCUUCAGCUAUGCCGUCUGUAUGUCAGACGCCUACAUAGGAGCUUGGUUGAAGACACACCGGAGCUUGAGAAGGCGUCUAAGCGCUCGUCUUACAUGCAAACCUUCGAUGACGCUGGAGAAGGACCCUCGAACGAGAAGGACAUGGACGACCAGCGCCUCUCCGCGUUCCUUAGGUCGGACCGACCGAGUAGAAACCACUCGCCCCAGAACAGCCAGGGAAGCAACCACAGCCAUGACCCGCCGCAUCGUAGUUUUGCGAUGACACCAGGAGACUCCAGCUCGCCAGGGCAGAUGUCUUCCCAAGACAACACGCAGCCACGCAGGGAGGACCUGCGUGCAUCAGCUGAAAAGAUCCUCUACACAUACCUACUGCCCGGGUCCGAGAGGGAGAUUAUCAUCCCGCAGAGCAUCCUCAACGACGUGCAGAACGCGAUCGAAGGACCAGAUCAGCGAUCAGACCCGGAGCUGUUUGACCAAGCUAAGGACUACGUCUUCCAAGCCAUGGAGCGAGAUGCGUAUCCUGGAUUUCUGCAGAACAAGGGUCUCGGAAACCUGGUGCCGCAGAGCAUGAUGAUUCGGCUCAUAGUAGGGCUAGUCAGCUUCUUUGCUGCCGUGUGGACGGCGUUCGUCCUCAUCUUCCUUGACAUGUCACGAGCAACGAGGUGUUGGCUCAUCCUUCCUUUCUUCAUCGCCAUCUAUCUCAUCAUCACACACCAGUACAUGCUCGACCCACUCAUCGCACUGGCCGGGUACAGCGAGUACACGCUCUUCGACUUCAACAAGAUUAGGGAAACGUUUGUGCAGAAGACGCUCACUCGGCGAGCCAUCACGGUGCUGGUGCUGUUCAUCAUCGUAUUGACGGCAGUGUGCUGUCUGUUUAUCUUCGUCCCUGGGAAGCGGCUAUGAGCACAGUCGUUUUCCACGCAAUGUUUAAUGCAUCUUUCUUAAUACCUGGCGUACUACUUUCUAAUCGGUUCAGCGGGCCACCAAAAGAGGAGGGGAGGGUUUAUGAGCGAAGAGUCUUGAGUCCCUGCUGGGACGAAGCUGUUUCUUUUGUCUAGUUGGAUUGGGUUUCUGGUCUCGGCAAGGCCGUUCGUCCUGAGCAUGGCGUUCAGGUCGGUCACUAGACAGUCUGCGCAGAGCGUAUCAAUGCAAUAGUCUUCGAUGCU